CGUACGCGCGGUGCGGCUGGACGUCCUAGGCCGGGAGCGGAACGGCAGCAUGGAGGGCGAGAAGAUGUCGGCGUUGCUGUCGGGGUUCCUGUUUAGCUCUCUCGCCUUCCAGCACUUUAACUGCAAAACUGACACGGAAGGUUUUCUUCUUGGGGAAAUGAGAGAGACGUCAAAGAACAACAUUAUGGACUCUGAGUUGAGUGAUGUUGAAGUUGUUUAUACAGUUGAUAUACAAAAGUACAUUCCAUGCUCUCAGCUUUUCAGCUUUUAUAACUCAUUAGGUAAAGUAAAUGAGCAGGCACUGAAGAAGAUCAUCCUGGGCUGCGAAAAGAAUGUGAUUGGAUGGUACAAAUUCAGACGUAAUUCACAUCAACUGAUGACAUUUCGAGAGAGGAAUCUUCACAAAAAUUUACAACGUCAUCUUUCAAAUCAGGGACUUGUUUUUCUGUUACUAACAUCACACAUAACCACAAAAAACUGCUCCACUCAUAGCCUGGAUCAUGCAUUACAUAGACUUCAGGAUGGACUUUUCCAUCAAGUGCCUUUAGUGGUGACCAACUUAGGUACAUUAGAGCAGCAGGGAUAUAAGACUGUGUCAGAUUCCUGUAGAUCCGCUGCCUUUGGCCGAACAAUCCACACAUAUGGGUCAGAAUUUUUUAACGAAGAUGGGACUUUAAAAGAGGUACAGAAAAUAAGUGAACUUCAUGUCACUAUGCAGGAAGAAUUAAAGAAAAUAUACACUCAAGUAUUGGACGGUGAGCAAUUAGUCGAAAACCUCAAAAAGGAUAUAAAGAGACUAAAAGAGGAACUUGCAACAAGAAAGACACCAAAGACUGUAGUAUCAGCAGGAAGAAGCGGUGACCCAGAAACACAAGAGGAUGUUUUGCCCUGUUAGGCUUUACAUACAUUUUUCCCAAAUCAAGAAUUGCUUCAUUCAUCUACUGUUUGUUUGAAAGGCAGGCAGAUUGCUAGGAAGUGCUGUAACACUGAACAUAAGCUCAAUGUAGUGAGUGAAUUAACUCUGAUGCAGGAAGAUGAUGGAACAAGAUGCCAAGUUAAGCAUAAAUCUCUUGACUUUGAGAACCAAAGACCAUUCAAGAAAGCAGGAGUGUUACAGCUUCAGAAUCAGUCCCUUAAAAGAGAUGAUGAAAACAGUGAUAGGGAAAAAGUACUGACAGGCAGUACAGAAACAGACGAAGAUGCUGAGAAAGCGAAGGACAGCAUUGAACAUCCAGAGUCACCAACUUUCUGAACCUUUUGUAUCAUUUUUCUUAUUGUCCGGACUGACCAAAAGGGAACAGAGGGGGAGAAAAAAGUUUGUUGUGUUGGAUAGUUGGAUAAGUUCUGAUAAUUUUCUUAAAGUAUUGCUUCAUAGAAAUUAUUUUGGAAAACUAUUGCUGCGUUAGCAAUGUGGCAGUAUUUUUAUUUUUAUUACAGUGUUCUAAGAGUAUGGCAAAAAUUACUAGUUAUCGUCAA